CUUUGCAGUUUGCAUGCUCUCAUGGGUCAAUACGGUGUGAUUCUCGAUGCCGGCUCCUCGGGCACCCGUGUGUACGUUUACAAAUGGAAGGAUCCUAGCAAGGCUGUCAAGGAAGCCUCUGCCUCCGAUGCCCACAUACUGCCGAAGCUGAAGCUCCGCAAGAGCAAGAAGAUCCAUCCCGGGGUGUCUACCUUUGCCGACAAUGUCGCCUCCGUCGGGCCCGAUCACCUGAAGGCGCUCGUUGACACCGCGCUCGACGAGAUACCAGAGUCGCAAGUCGCCGAGACACCCAUCUUCCUCUUGGCAACCGCUGGCGUUCGAUUCCUGCCGAAACACCAACAGACUGCGCUGCUCCAGGGGAUAUGCACAUACCUGCAAGCCAACACGCGAUUUCUACUCCCCGAUUGUGCGAGCCAUGUCCAGGUUAUAUCUGGCGAGACGGAAGGCCUAUACGGUUGGAUCGCCGCCAAUUAUCUGCUUGGCGGUUUCGACAAACCCGACGAGCAUGCGCAUGGCAAAGGCCACCAUACCUAUGGCUUCCUGGAUAUGGGUGGUGCGUCAGCCCAGAUUGCCUUUGCGCCAAACUCGACCGAGACGGCAAAACACGCGAAUGACCUCAAGCUGGUUCGACUGCGCCGGCUGGAUGGCUCUCCUCUGGAAUACAAGGUGUUCACGGCCACAUGGCUUGGCUUUGGAGCGAACAAGGCACGGGAACGCUUCGUCGAAAGCUUGCAGGAGCAAUACAGUGAUGCCAAGGGCGACAUUCCGGAUCCCUGCCUACCGAAAGGCUUGCGGACCUCGAUCACGGGCGAGCCUCUUGGUGGCAAGAAAACAUCAGAUGUUGCGCUUGUGGGGACAGGCGCAUUCGAGGAAUGUCUACGCAAAACGUAUCCCUUGCUGGGCAAGGACGUUCCAUGCGAGGACGACCCGUGUUUACUCAACGGCCAGCAUGUGCCCGCCAUCGAUUUUGAUGUAAACCACUUCAUCGGCGUCUCCGAAUACUGGCAUACGACACAUGGCGUCUUUGGUCAGGAGAGCAAAGUCUACGACCUGAUCGCCUACGAGCAGGAAGUCAAUGCAUUCUGCAGCCAGGAUUGGUCAGUUAUUGAAGAUGGGCUUGACAAGAGAAAGAAGACAAUGGAGGAGAAGGCGGAGAAUGCCAGGGAAGCCUGCUUCAAGGCGUCGUGGCUAAUCAACGUGUUAUAUGAGGGAAUUGGCAUUCCGCGGAUCGACCUAGGGGACGUUGCCGGCACAAAAGGGAACGCGACCAAAGGAGCUGGGGAAAAGGCAAAAGACAAGGGAUACCUGGACCCUUUUCAGCCCAUUGAUACGAUUGGCGGCGUCGAGGUCAGCUGGACUCUGGGCAAGAUGGUCCUCUAUGCAGCCGGACAGAUUCCCCCACAGGGCUCAGAACUGCCUGUCGGGUUUGGAAGCAAUACAGGAUCGGAAAUCCCCGCUGAUUUUGAAUUUGCUGGUUCCAAGCCCUUGCUGCCUGGUACUUACGACGAUGACGACGACGACGACGACGACGUCCUCCUGAGCCGGUCUUCACCUUUUAAGGGUCUUUUGGUCUUCAUCUUGAUCCUCCUCCUCAUCGGCUAUUUCCUGAAGCGAACCGAAUGGGGGCCUAGGGUGUUGGGCAAGUUCCGCCGGUUUCGAAAAGGCAGGAGUUCGUCGUUUGUCAGGAGGCUUUUCGGUAGAAACUCGACUACUACCUACGAACGGAUCAUGGAGGAAGGCGAUGCGGCUGAGUUCGAGCUCGGGGGCACGGAGUCUGAUGAAACCGACGGCUCAGACGGCAGCGAGACACCACGGUCUGCUAGAGGCAGCCGCCGGCCUGCCCUGGCAGUGACACGAACGAGCCCCGAGCUGCGGCCGCCGUCGGUCAUGGACCGGCACGGGCUUGUUGUGCGGACGGAGAGCUGCGAGCGUCUCGCCCCGACUCUUCAGAUGCUGAACGCUGGCCGUCGCAGUAGGACGGGAAGCCCAACACGACUGAAGCAUUCGAUCGCGAUACCCCAGGAAAGCUAGCGGCGACAUUCCUGUCGAGGCG